UUCGUCAGGCAGCUGGAGAGCCGAAACCAGCGCUACCCCUGCUUCCUCAACACCUUGCACGUCGGAGGUACCAUAAGAACAUGUCAGAAGUUUCUCAUUCAGUACAAUAGAAGACAGCUGCUGCUGUUGUUGCAAAACUGUACAAAUGAAGAGGAAAGACAGUGUAUACAGAAGUCGUUGCUGAGCUGUUCCCUUACAGAAGAGGGGUCUCAAAGUGGAGAUGAGGAAGAUGAUGAUGGCACAGAGACAGACUGA